UAAUUACCAUAUGAAAGAUAACUAACCAUAAAAGUCAACUAUAAACUACGCUUUUUACACAGUUCAAAAAUUUUCGCAUACCAACAUCUAAGUAUACCAUAACAUUCAUUCUUUGUGCUUUAAAUUUUUGAGUUUUAUCUGAUUCCGAAGAAGUGCAAGCAAAUUAAACAUGGUGUGUAAAGAGUGUAAGGCGCCUGCAGUUCUGUUCACUUGUAAGAAAUGUGAAAUGGACACAUGCAACAAGUGUAAUGUGGACCAGAUCGAGGAAAAACUCGGCGUGAAGCAGCGCCUGAAAAACGGGAGUGAUUGCAUUCUAUGUGGAGCUGAGAAGUCAAUGGCCCUGGUAACAGCUCUAACCAAGACGAGCAAAAAGUCAAACGAUUCCCUAAAAACAGUGCUUACAGGCUCCAAACUUGGCAAAGGUGUUUAUUUCAAAUGCCAAUUAUCAAUGUCAAUGCCGACUCGUUUCCACUUUUAUUCAACCGGCAGGUCAGUCGAAGGACCAAUUGAAGGAUGCGUUGGAGGGGAAGGUGGAAUUGGCGGGCACCAAGAAGACUGUACAGCAGACUGUACAGAAGCAGACCGUGCUCGCAGCUAUGGGCAAUGGAAGCAAGUCCAAAUAAACCAAAUGUUUGGUAUUAAAAUGAGUUAUAUCUAAUCUGACCAGAUGUAGAAGAUUAACUAUUGUGAAAUUAUAUUGAUUAAUUUAAUUGAAACUGUAAGAAAAA